AUGUACGAGUUGACAUUUCACGCGCUUAGGGACAACGCCUCGCGCUCUACCUCAUCCCUACGGUGUAGCUCAUUGCGGAUCCACCGAUAUGAGGCGUCGUGCCGUUUCUUUAGCUCAUUCCACUGGUUUGGAUGUGUUCAGCGCAUAUGGCUAGAAAGACCGACCGAGCGUUCGAAAACAGAUCAAACAGAGCAGUCGCAACGAUCGGUUCUCACCGAUCGACAAGGAAUCGUAAUUACCUCCCCUUGGCUAAUAAGUGGGAUUUUUCUUUUGAAACACCGUGUAUUUCCUUUUAUUCCCUGUACUGCAAUCAUGCCUAGUCGUUUUAAAAACAAACAGAGCAAAAGAGUCAAAGCGAAACUACGAUAUAAGAUCGAAAAGAAAGUUAAGGAACAUAAACGGAAAGUCAAGAAAAAUGCCAAGAAGAAUCCAAUCAAGCGUAAAAGAAAAGAUCCUGGAAUUCCUAACAGUCUUCCAUUCAAACAUUCGGUUCUCAAAGAGGCUGAAGAUUUCAAAGUUCAGUUAAAAGCCGAGAAAGAACAGCGGCGUAAAAUGGAACGUGAUGCUGCUUUUAAUAAUUCUCGUUCUUUAGAAGAAAUAAUGAAGGAUGUGGAAAAAGAUGGUGACAUUUUCUUGAGGAAGACAGGAGGAUUGCAGCAUGUUUACGAUGCCUUGAAAGAAGCAAAACCAAAAGCAAAGAAACCGAUUGAAAACUCAUUGAAAACCUUUUACAAAGAAUUUAAAAAGGUUAUAGAUCAAGCUGAUGUAAUUCUUGAAGUGUUGGAUGCCAGAGAUCCUCUUGGGACUCGGUGUAAAGAAGUUGAAGAUACUGUCAUCAGUGCUGGCAUUAACAAGAAAUUGGUUCUGGUGCUCAAUAAAAUUGACCUGAUCCCACGAGAAAAUGCCGAGGCUUGGCUCAAAUAUCUGAAGAAUGAGUUUCCUGUUAUUCCGUUUAAGACAUCUUUACAGAAACAAAAGUCCAAUCUGAGUCAGUCUAAGAAUGUACCCAUGUGGAAAGGCCUAGAGAAAAAGACUUCCAAUUGUCUAGGCGCCAAUAUUAUGAUGAAAUUGCUUGGAAACUAUUGUCGCAAUCAGGGCAUCAAGACUGUAAUUCGUGUUGGUGUUGUUGGCUUACCAAACACUGGUAAAAGCAGCAUUAUUAACAGCUUGAAGCGUUCUCGGGUCUGUGCUGUUGGUGCAACCCCAGGACUUACACGAUCACUGCAGGAAGUUUCCUUGAGCCAAUCUAUCAAAUUGUUGGACAGUCCAGGUGUUGUGAUGUCUGCAAACCCUUCUGAUACAUCCCUGAUUCUCAAGAACUGUGUCAAUGUGCCUAAUCUUGCUGACCCUACCAUUCCUGUUGCAGCAAUCCUACGCAGAUGUAAUAAAGAUGAGUUAAUGCUGCGAUACAAUCUUCCUAAAUUCAAAAAUGCUUCAGAAUUCCUUGCUAUGUUAGCUCACAAGUGGGGCUUCUUGAAAAAGGGUGGGGCACCUAUUGCUGCCAAGGCUGCCAAAGUCAUUCUCCAGCACUGGAACAGUGGUAAAAUUUCAUAUUUCACUCACCCUCCAGAAUUAGUAUCCACACACAUUAGUGCUGAAAUUGUUAGUGAGAUUGGAAAGGCCUUUGACUUGGACUCUCUUCUUGAAGAUGAGACAAAAAUUUUAAAAACUCUGAAACCUUGCAAUCCGACUCAUCUUGGAAUUGAACCCUCAUCUCCUGUGUCCUGUUUAAUGGAUGAAGAUUCUGACAACCAAUUGGUUUCUGGCGCUGAUGUUGAAGCAAUGAAUGAUGAAAAUGAAACAGAGGAUGAUAACAAAAAAGAAUUGGGAAAUGUUACCAUUUCUCUUGGAGAUUCCAAAUCAAAUUCUACAGCCAGCCUGUCAACAUCUACUGCAGGAAAAUCAGACAAAGUCCAAAUUGAACAAUUGAAUAAAGAGCGCAAGGAACAAUACAAGAAAAUGAAAAAGAAGAAGAAGAAAGCUAAUGUCUUGGCAGAAGAAUUAGCUGAUGAUGUAAUUAUUUCCAUGAAUAUGAAUAAGGAUUCUGAUGAAGAAAAGAAUUCUGGAUCUGAUUAUGAUGUUGAUGCUUAUUUCAAUUGA